AUGGUGCGCAAACUCAAAUACCACGAGCAGAAGCUCCUCCGCAAAACCGACUUCAUCUCGUACAAAUCCGACAAUGGACACCGCGACAAGGCCGUCAUCAGGCGCUACAUGAUUCAGAAGCCCGAAGACUACCACAAGUACAACCGACUCUGCGGGUCACUGCGGCAGCUGGCCCACCGUCUUUCCCUCCUGCCGCCCGACAACGCCGUCCGCCGCCGGCACGAGGACCUCGUGCUCGACAAGCUGUACGACAUGGGCGUGCUGCCGAGCAAGUCGAAGCUGUCGGCGGUGGAGAAGAGCGUGACGGUCAGCGCGUUUGCUCGGAGACGGCUCCCCGUGGUCAUGACGCGCCUGCGCAUGGCGGAGACGGUGCAGGCGGCCACCAAGAUGAUUGAGCAGGGCCAUGUGCGCGUGGGGGUCGAGACCGUCACCGACCCGGCGUAUCUGGUGACGAGGGCGACGGAGGACUUUGUGACGUGGUCGGUCGGCAGCAAGAUCAAGAGGAACAUCAUGAAGUAUCGGGACCAGCUGGAUGAUUUCGAGCUGUUGUGA